CACUCCGAAUUUCUCAUAAAGAGAAAAUCACGAGAUCCAAAAAAGCAGAACGUUUUAUUUUUACAGAGGGCGUUCGACCUUCUCAUCAAAGUACCUCGCUCUUCGCAGUUUCCAUCCAAACCUGCAAACGCCCUGGGAAAUUAAUCGGUGAAGAUGGCUCUAACCAUGAGAAACAAGCUGCCUCGGAUGGCGUCAUGCCUCUCUCGUCAAAUGUCUCAUGGUCCCAUCUACUACCAUGACCAGAAGGAGCUUGCUGGCACCCGGGAGCACGUAGGUCAUGGCAAAAAUGGCAUGUACAACUAUUAUGAUGGUCAUGAGUUGCCAUUCCCAGCCAUUCGUUUCAUGCCUGAGGAUCAGCAGAGCAAGGCACUGCGGGAGAAGGAAAAGGGUGAUUGGAAGAAGCUUUCAAUUGAGGAGAAAAAGGCUCUGUACCGACACAGCUUCUGCCAGACCUUCGCAGAGUUCCAGGCUCCUGAUCCAGAGUGGAAGGCCGUUUUGGGUUACUCGCUGAUUGGAAUUGGUCUGGCUUGGGGAAUGUACCUUGGCUUUUCUAACAUCAUGCCACAGCACCCCUACCGUGAAUUCUAUGACUCCCACGAAGUGAGAACAGCAUCUGUCCAGAGGAGGCUUGACCAGGGCGUCUUCAGGACCAUGGGCUUCGCACCUGAGUGGGAUCUUGAGAACCGCGGCUGGAAGAAGUAAUGUGUUGCUUGGCUAGCAAUUUUAGACAAAUUGUAAUUGUACAUGUCUUUAAAUCAAUUAUUGUAAAGGCGCCGCCUCAACCUAGCUUUUAUGACUAUUUGUUUGCAAGACAGGUGAAACAUUUGCUUCAGGAAACAUUGUUUUAAAUUAAUUUUGGAUUUGUAAAUAACGUCUAUCAAGCAAUAAACAGGGAUUGAAACAAGGAUGAA